AUGGCGGUGAACCUCGGCGUCAUCGUCUACGUGGUGCUCCAGCUCAUCGCGUUCGUGUUCGUGAUGAUCGGCACGGGGGUCGAUAUGUUUUACAUCAAACCGGAACUGACCUCUGGCGACAGGGUGUGCGUCACGUUGUGGGGUGAAAAGGAUGAUUGCCGAAAGCCCAAGAUUACCAUCUCGUUGGACGAAGUGUGGGUGAAUUGCCCGCGCGCCCGGAACAACUUCAGGCUUGCUCAGGUGUUCGCUAUCAUCUCUGCAAUCGUGUACGGCUUUGCGUUCCUCUUCGGCUUCCUUUUGCUGUACUGCUGCUCUGGCUUCCGCUGGGUCUGCCUGGCGCUGAACAUCGUGGGCGCUGUCACCGCUGGCUUUGUCUGGGCGCUCAUGGUGAUGACCUACAAAGUGCACGGUCCAAAGUACGUGGAGCUGAGCAGAUUCUUCAAUUUCGGCACUGGCUUCGGUCUCUACGUGUGUGCCUGGGUGCUGGAUAUCCUCAACAUGAUCUUCCUGCUGCUCCCGUGGCAACUCGGGGAAUCCGGUGAGAGUGAGGAGUCGAAGGAGCAUACGGAGGUGAUGGAGGAGGAAGAGUCAAAGCCAGAGGAGGAGGACGUGGAGUCAAAGGUAACGGAGGAGUAG